GGAGGGAGGAGACGUUACAGAGUGCGAACUCAUGGCUCUAACAGCUCUGCCACAGCUCCGCUCUCUGCAAUAGUGCCACUGCUGUCACACAGCACAGGGGAAAAGGGGAGCCCGUCCAAUGCAGACACUCUCCACGACAGGACCGCUUAACCAGGAAGAGCGUUUCCACCCUAAUCAAAGAUGGAGUGAUUUUCAAAUCCAUUCAAAUUCAUUCGCCGAGUGAUUUUUCCUUUCUUAUCCAUGGACAUAUAAGUGACCAACAAUAACCAAACAGGAUCUAAAGCACUUGUUUUUUUGCACGUGGGACCGUACUAUGCCUUGACAGUACAAACAUGUCACUUUUACAGACAUCAGAAGAAAGUUUUGCUUUCUCUUUUUUUGAAAACAUAAUGGUAAGCCAAAAAGGCCAUUUGUAUGGUAAUACUAACUUAUUCAGAAAUGUGUGAAAAGUGCACGUGCAAUAUGUCAGUAUCUUAUUUAACCUUGUUUCUUUGAACGGAGGGUGAAUAUGUGAAAGAUAGGAAUGUUCAGCCAAAUUCUAUUAAUUUUUAUAUUUAUUUCCCUGCAUUAAUUUUGGGGAUAUGAGCAAUCACUUAGGGACGCAACUGAAAUUAAUCUUCAAUACAGUAAACAAUAUAAGCUGCAGCUGAAAGCCCUUCCUUGGCAAAAAUGGACAAUUACUCGCUUAACAGCAGCACCAUCAAUGGCACGCUAGACACUGACGCUAAGAUCGAAAUUUUGGGCUUGUUAGUGCUUACGGUCUUGAUCAUCAUCCUGAUCGUGGUGGGCAACCUGCUGGUCAUUAUAGCCAUUGCACGAACUUCCCAGCUCCAGACCAUAACCAACAUCUUCAUAAUGUCCCUGGCAUGCGCUGAUCUCAUCAUGGGGGUUUUAGUGGUGCCCCUGGGGGCAACCAUCGUGGUUACGGGAGACUGGCAGCUGAACAGAAGGUCCUGCGAGCUCUGGACCUCGGUGGACGUGAUGUGCGUGACGGCCAGCAUCGAGACGCUGUGCGUGAUCGCAGUCGACCGCUACAUCGCCAUCACCCGACCCCUCAGGUACAAGGUGCUGCUGAACAAGUGCCGCGCCCGGGUGAUCGUGUGCAUGGUGUGGGCCGUGUCGGCGCUCACCUCCUUCGUGCCCAUCAUGAACCAGAACUGGCGGGCGGAGGACCAGCAGGCCGUCGCGUGCUACAAGACGGACACCUGCUGCGACUUCAUCACCAACCCCCCCUUCGCCAUCAUCUCCAGCGUGGUGUCCUUCUACAUCCCCCUCCUCGUCAUGAUCUUCGUCUACGCCCGCGUCUUCCUCAUCGCCACGCGGCAGAUGCGGCUCAUAGACAAGAACCGGCUGCGCUUCCAGGGUGAGGGCGCGGCCCCCCAGCCCCAGCCGCCUCACCACGGCAACAACAACGUUCCGCCUUUGGCCGGCUCGGGGGGCGGCACGGGCUCCUACCGCAGGAAGAACUCCAAGCGCCGUCCCUCGCGGCUGACGGUGGUCAAGGAGCACAAAGCCCUCAAAACGCUGGGCUUCAUCAUGGGAGCCUUCACCAUCUGCUGGCUGCCCUUCUUCGUGGCCAACAUCAUCAACGUCUUUGACAGGAACAUGCCCGAGAGGAGGAUAUUCCGCCUCCUCAACUGGCUGGGCUACUUCAACUCCGGCCUCAACCCGCUCAUAUACUGCCGCAGCCCCGAGUUCCGCGUGGCUUUCAAGAGCCUCCUGGGCUGCCCGUGGCUGCCCACCCCGCGCAUGAACACCCUCUACAAGGAGCUGCGCACUCUUUGCCCUUGCUUCAGAGGCUCGUCCGAGCCGGGGGCAGCGGGCUCCUUCCACAAGCCGUCCCCGGCCCAGAAGGACGAGAGCCUGGCCAGCAGUCAGAGCAGCUGCAGGAGCGAGGAGCCGUCUCCAGCACCCCCGCACUCCAACGGCAGCAUGCAGCUCAGCGACUUCUCCGAGCCCGACACAGAACUUUUCACUCUGCAGGAAAGUGACAGAUGAGAGGCCUUUCAGCCGGAAUCUCAACAUUCUGAAAGAGAGACUUCACCACAACCGCCAGGCCGCUUGAGCGAGUCAAUAUUCCAUCGGUACAAAUGGCCCAGCUCAGAUUUACGAGAAAGAGGGAGGCCUGGGAUUGGCCGAGAGGGGAAGAGACACCCGAAUGGAUGCUGCUGGCCGGCACGCCCCAGCGAAAAGCCGACGUACCUGGUGUUCGGGGGAAUCUGGGGGAAAGGAGAACUCAGCUGGCAGAGGGGAGACACCUCAUGCCCCCUGCAGAAGACCUAUUCCCUGGCCACUGGAAAGCAGGCCCCAGCCCAUUCUGCAGACCACAGACACCCAUCCCCUGUAGGAAGGAUUUGAGCAUGCCUUGGGCUUUGCAAAAGGAGCUGACUCACAGUGGUCAAACCUUGCCUGGGGGCAUGCCUGGCCUGGCUUUCAGCCUGGCUACGCUCCUACACUCAAGACCCUGUAAGCCUCAGUGUUCAUUCCCACUGAACUGAAACAUGUACAAUAGGGUGGAGUUCAGCACAAUCAUACCUUACUUCAGUAGCACUUAAGACGUGUAACAGUGAUACAAUGUGGACUGUUAAGCACAAUGUAUGUAUGUUACUUUGUGUACAAAAAGGUAGCAUUUGAAAUAUAUGAUUGUACUUUCUAAAUUAUUUUUUUCCUUCCUAUUUUAUCUGUGAAUGUGCAAACGGCAUUAUGAAUGCAGGAAUCUUGCUAUUAUAUUUAUCAAGCUUUCUGUCCAACCAUAAUUCUCUCUCAAGUAUUGUGUCCUGUACGAGAGAAAAAUGCAAUGAACUUUACCUUUCCCAUGGUGAAAUAUCCUAACCCUGGAAGGGCACAGUCUUGAAAGCAGUCAUUCCAUCUGAAUGCAAAAACAAUAAAUCCUAAUUCUGACUCAAAAAAUUAACCCAUAUCUUCACAGAUACACCAAAUUCUUCACAGUUCUGGUUAAAUACACAAGGGAAAGCCUUCUAGAUGAUGGCCUUCAAGGACCAGGAUUACACAUUACUGGAAUUGUCAAUGUUGAAAACAACACACCUCCACUAAUUUACAUUUUGAACUUGAACUGAUUUCUAAUUAGUCUGUAGCUAAAGAGAAUCCUGGCCGUUGGUAUUAUAGGCACUUAAUUUGUCUCUGAACACAAAUUAAGCAUGUGAGAAGAUCCCAGAAGACAAACUCCCAAUUUACUCCUUGGAACCAUAGAAAAAUAAUUUGAGAAAAUAAUCUCAUUGUGGAUCAUGUUCAACAUCACAUAUUCGAGGAGCCUGAAGCAUUUCGUUUAUGAUUGUCAUUGAUAAUACAAGAUAACAUAAAAACAGACAAGAUGCCAAACCACUAAUUUUGAAAGAAAAAGUCUUUCAGUACUAAAACGCACAAGCUGGUAUGUAAGUACAGGAAAUGUUCUUUUUUUCCCCAGAAUGCAGCCUGAUAAACACAUUGUAUUAACAUUUCUGAAAUACUGAAGACAUAGAGUGGGAAAGAUUUAAUGAAGUGUGCACUGCAUGCAUUUUCCAUUUCCGAUAAUAGUAACUUACAAACAAGACCUAGAAUAGAUAUAAUGCUGGGGCAUGAGGUGGUUUGGUCUCAUGGAAUAAUUGCUUUAGGGUGGUCCAUGUUCACUUUCUUUUGUAGAUGUUUAUGACGAAGAUAAUGCCAUACUGCCUAUACACCCUGACUCACCCCUAAAUACAUUCUUGAGGCAAAUGUUCAGGCACUUUCACACAGAAAUAAACGUUAAUAACAAAACUAUACACAAAUCCUUUCAACCAAGCUUAAAGCGGAAAAAACAGCUAAAAUACAAAGAAACACAGUAUUUGGUUCUAAUAUAUUUACCGAUUGAAGGUUGUAAAAGUAUGGGAGUGCAGUGAAUCAGUACAGCUAUGAUAACAAGCUAUAGAUUAGGAACCGAAAUACUCUCCACUGCACGCAAUUCCACCCUGAGCUGGGAGAGCCAAGAUGGAAUGCACUGCACCAAGACAGUGAUGCCCUUCCUUUCUGGAAAGCUUUCUUCUUCCUCUGUAUGGUCUUGUUAAAAAUAUCUCGUACUCCUAACUAAAGUUACAGUGAUCGUCAUUGCAGUUGUUGAUGUUGUUUAUCGUGUAUCAAGAAUAGAUGUACUAUUUUUUUUUCUUGGCUGGUCAGUUAAGAGGGUGAUACAGUAAUUGCACAUCUAUGCUGGUUCCCAAAACAGCCAAACCUGCACAAAUAUAUGAACAUAAAUGAGAGGUGUUGGCAUAUAGUAAAAUAUAUAGUAAUAUAUAGCAAUACAUAUAGUAAUAUAAAUAGUGUAUAUGAACAGUCCACCUGUUCUCACAAACAUCAGAUUGACACCACUUUGUUCACUGCAGCACAGCCUAUUACAUUGGCAUGGUUUCCAUCACUGUUUUUAUGUUUUUCCCCCAGAUUAUUUGGGUUCCUACUUUUUUUUUCCUACAGACACAUCCUGAUAGAGUCCAUUUUCUGCCAACCUUCAAGCUCACUAAAACAGAGAGUGAGGAUGGAGGAACAGAUGUGUCAUUUCGCAACCCUGGGUACAAAUAAAUAACACUAACACUCUACAUUGGCUGGGAGGAGUAAGACAGUCAUGGCGAAAAUGUCUGUCUUACUCAGGAAACCACUCCCAACAAUGAAACCGGAUUGUGAGAGACCAAGUGUAGAAGUAACCAAUCAGCUUAACACUUGGAACUGCACAUCAAGUCAGUAAAGAACACAAGCAUGGUACAACAGCCCCAAGACUAACAUGGGCACCAAAAAUCCCCUCGUUCACAACCAAACCUAGCAAUUCGGAGAUUAAAAAAAAAAAAGGGAUAAAUUGGAAAUAAAUUGGACUUGUGAGCCUGACGGCCGGGUAUGUAUAUAGUGUGGGAGGAGAGCGGGACGGGGGAUUGUUAAAAAUGUGUUCCUUCAGGGAGGUGAAUCCAAUUUCGAGUGUUCCCAUGGUAGCAUCAUAAGAGGUUGAGAAUGAAACAACCCCAGCAGGGAGAGGGACAUCUGUGCAAGAAAUCAGAGAUCACCGCCUCCUCACAGGAUCUUUUGUUGCCAGUGCAGUGACAGCACACUGUACAAAAGUCAGCUGCGGAAAACCGCACCGCUGAGAGACAGCCGCAUAAACUAACAUGCACAAACCCCCACUUCCCAUUUCGCUCUGUGGGGGCCGCACCACAGCCCUGCCCAACGCCGACCCGGGUCCACGGCCAACCGUGAGAAAAAACAAUUCCAUUGUGGUUAGGCAGCACCAGAGAGAAAUGCAUAUACAGCUGUCGGAUGCAUUUUUUCUUGUAAAUAGGCAGAAGCGAAGGUAGACUAUUAAAAUUGCUCAGGAUAAUAUGAUGGAAAAAAACGCUCAAAAAUGUCAAAUAAAUAUUUGAGAACCCUG